UGCACGAUCGGAAGGGAUCAUUUUGGCGGGCUACUUCUCCGGCCCUAUUGCUUUUCCUCUUUCCGACUCCUGCGGCGUCGUACCGCCUCCCAACAUCUCACCAUCUACUUCUCCUCUCAUUCUCUCCUCGCCCUUACAACGUUUUGCAAUCCAUAUGGAGGAAUCUAGGAUUUUCUCUGAGCAACGGGCGAACCCCGACAGAUCGGCCCCUGGAGUAAUUUCGAGGAUUCGUCUGGAGAAUUUCAUGUGCCACAGCAGCUUACAAAUCGAUUUGGGAGACUGGGUGAACUUCAUCACAGGCCAGAACGGAAGUGGAAAAAGUGCGAUAUUGACAGCGCUUUGUGUGGCGUUUGGUUGCCGGGCUAAAGGCACACAAAGGGCGAACGCUUUGAAAGAUCUCAUAAAGACUGGAUGCAGUUAUGCUGCUAUAUUUGUUGAAAUUAAGAAUGAAGGAGAAGAUGCUUUCAAGCCUGAAACAUAUGGUAAUAUAAUAAUCAUAGAGCGUCGCAUUACUGAGUUGACCAGUUCGAUUGCUUUGAAGGACCAUCAAGGAAGAAAAAUUGCUCAGCGGGCCAAGGAGCUUGACGAGCUUAUAGAUCACUUUAAUAUUGACGUUGAGAAUCCUUGUGUGGUAAUGUCUCAAGAUAAAAGCAGGGAGUUCUUGCAUUCUGGGAAUGACAAGGAUAAGUUCAAGUUUUUCUUCAAGGCCACUCUUCUUCAGCAAGUUAGCGAGCUACUUGAGGGUAUUAAAAGUCACUUGAAUGCGGCCAAUGCUGUUCUUGCUGAAUUAGAAUUAUCAAUACGUCCUAUUAUCGAGGAGGUGAGAGAAUUGCGUGAGAAAGUUAAGAACAUGGAACAUGUUGAAGAAAUUGCGCAGGAGGUUGAAAACUUGAAGAAAAAAUUGGCUUGGUCAUGGGUGUAUGAUGUUGGGAGACAAAUUGAGGAUCAAAAUGUUAAGCUUGAAAAACUUAAACAACGUGUUCCUACUUGCCAAGCUAGAAUUGACCGACUAACAAAUAGGCUGGAUGAAUUGAAGACAUUACUUGGUGACAAGAAGGCCCAAAUCACAUCAUUAAUGGAGAAGACCUCUGAUGUUAGAAGAAUAAAGGAAGAGUUGCAGAGCAAUCUUUUAUUGGCUAAGAAGGAGAGAGCCGAGCUUGAAGCAGAGUAUUUUCGAGGUGAUUCUUUGAUAUUGAAAAUGAGGAAACGUGUUAGAUUGCUUGAGCAGCAACUUAAUGAUACUCAGGAGCAACUCUUGAAAGAUACACAGGCUGAGGAAGCUGAGGUUGAGAAACGAGUGCAGAAACUACAAGAUGAGAUUAAUUUGGUUCAAAUAAAUGUUUCAAGGCUGCUUGAAGAAGAGAAGGUACUAACAGAAAGAUUAUCAAUUGCCAGAGAAGCUAUAAAAGAGCUUGGGAAAGAGGCUCAUGACAACGAGAAAAAAUGUCGUGGUCUAUACUCCCAAUUGCAAGCUUUUCAGCAACAACAAACUAACAAGGUAACAGCCUUUGGAGGCCAUAAAGUUCUCAGCCUCUUGCACGCUAUUGAGAGGCAUCAAAGAAAGUUCAAAUGUCCUCCAAUUGGUCCAAUCGGAGCUCAUGUGUCUUUGGCGAACGAUGACACCUGGGCUCUUGCUGUUGAGAAUGCCAUUGGAAGGUUAUUAGAUGCCUUUAUUGUCACUGAUCAUAAGGAUUCACUUGUUUUAAGAGCUUGUGCAAGAGAAGUAAAUUAUCAUAAUCUUCAGAUUAUCAUCUACGAUUUCUCAAGGCCAAGGCUUAAUAUACCCAGUCACUUGCUUCCUUUGACUAGCCAUUCAACUACUAUCUCCGUAUUGCGUACAGAGAAUCCUACCAUAUGGAAUGUAUUAGUAGACAUGGGUAGUGCUGAAAGACAAGUUCUCGUUCCAAACUAUGAGAUAGGCAAAGAUGUUGCUUUUGAACAGAGAAUUCAAAAUAUGAAGGAGGUCUACACUUCUGAUGGUUUUAGAAUGUUUUAUAGAGGUUCAGUUCAGACUACUCUUCCACCGAACAAGAGAAUUAGGAAUGGUCGUCUUUGCAGCUCAAUUGAGAAUCAAAUGCAUGAACUUGAGAGGGAGACCGAGAUCAUCCAAGAUUUGAUUGAAAAAGGAAAAGAAAAGAAAAGAAAUGCAGAUAUAGCAUCACAGGAAAUUGAAGAGGAAGUACGAAAUGUCAAGAGGCGGCGAAUUAUUGAAGAAAGAACUUUCAUGUCAAAGCAACUCACAUUGAAAGAUAUGAAGAGCUCUCGUUCUGUUGAGACUAUUCCCGACACAACAACGAAUACGGUGGAACUUGAGCAAGAAAUUGUGCAAUUGCAAGAUGAUAUACAAUCAAAGGGAUUGUUGUUAGAGAAAGUUCGAUUAAGGAUGAUAAAGGCGGAGGAGAAGGCCAAUCAUCUAAAGGGAUCUUUUGAGAGUUUGUGUGAUUCAGCUAAAGGGGAAAUUGACACUAUGGAAGGAGCUGAGCGUGAACUUUUACUAGUUGAGGAAGAACUGAAUGCUGCUGAAGCCGAGAAAGCCCAUUAUGAGGGAGUGAUGCAAAAAAAGGUACUGCAUGAUAUUAAUGAAGCAGAGGCAUACCUGAAUGAGCUGAAGCGCAAUCAUCAGGAGAAUGUUAGAAAGGCUUCUAUCAUUUGCCCAGAAGAUGUGGUGAUGGCUUUAGGAGGCUGUUCUGGGAGCACACCAGAGCAGCUGAGUGCUAAAUUGAACAGAUUAAGCCAGAGGUUGCUGCAAGAGAGUCGGAGAUAUCCAGAUUCCAUUGAUGAUCUCAGACAGAUGCAUGAUAAAAAGGAGCGUAAAAUUACUAAAAAACAGCUAACAUAUGCAGCAUUUCGUGAGAAGUUAAAUGCAUGUGAAAAAGCACUUGAAUUGCGUUGGAGUAAGUUUCAUAGAAAUGCAAAUUUUUUGAAGCGGGAGCUAACGUGGAAGUUUAAUGGACAUUUACUAAAGAAAGGUAUAUCAGGGAAAAUCAUGGUGGAUUAUGAUAAGAAGCUUCUUUCCGUAGAGGUAAAGAUGCCCCAGGAUGCACCAGGAAACAACGUUAGAGACACCAGAGGCCUUUCAGGUGGAGAGCGUUCUUUCUCUACGCUUUGUUUUGCAUUAGCGCUUCAUGACAUGACCGAGGCCCCUUUUCGAGCCAUGGACGAAUUCGACGUAUUUAUGGAUGCAGUGAGCCGAAAAAUCAGCUUAGAUGCUUUAGUUGAAUUUGCUGUAAACCAGGGUUCUCAAUGGAUAUUCAUCACCCCACAUGAUAUUAGUAUGGUGAAGGCUGGGGACAGAGUUAGAAAGCAGCAAAUGCCAGCACCUCUUUCCUGAUUAUUUAUUAUUAGGUUCGUUGAACUGAUUGAAGGUGCUAAGUUGAGUUUUAGACUAUAUAAAUAAUUUAUUUUUUGGGGGGCUUUUUUGGUAAAUACGUUAAAUUUAUGCCGCAGUUUGUUAAUAUGAAUGAAAGUUUUAAGUGUAAAUAUCAUAUUUUUUGUGCUCGAUUUGAAGAUACAUUAGAAUCGCACCUUAGGGUCUGUUUGG